AUGCUUUCGCGCGGUCUCGUCUCGACGUCUCGAGCGUCUGUCGCCCGCGCGCGCGCGCCUGCGAGACAACAGCGCGCGACGACGUCGCGCCGCGCGUCGAUCGUCCGUCGAACCGCCGCGCGCGCGACGAACGACGACGAUAAAGCGUCGUCUUCUCAAGAUGUCCCGGACGACGAACCGACGCCCGCGGUCGGCGACACGGACGUCAACAGCGCGCUAGGCGACGUCAUCAGCUCGCCGUUGUUUUACGUCACGUUCGGCGUCGCCGGCGGCGUCGGACUGGUGCGCGCGCUCGGGGAGAACGCGAGCUUUCUGCUGAGCGCGGCGCCGGUGGUCUUGCUCACGGUGAUUUCGAAGACGUCGUUCGGCGAGUCGCUGAUGAAGAAUAUCGACGACCAACGACCGGCGUUGGUGGCGGAGAAGGCGCGAAGGGAAAACGAACGCGCGCGAGCGCGGGAGAGAAGUUCGCUGUACGGCGCGCGGCGAGUGAAAUUUUUGGGAGACGCGGAGUACGAGUAUCCGGCGCACUUGGACGGCUCGCUGUGCGGCGACGCGGGAUUCGAUCCGCUCGGGCUCGGGAAAGAUGAUUUGCCGCGCAUGCGCGAAUUAGAACUCUUGCACGCGCGUUGGGCGAUGUUGGGAAUCGUUGGUGUGGCGGUGCCAGAGCUUUUAGAGCGCUACGGCGUGGCAGAUUUGGGCGAGCCGGUGUGGUGGAAAGUCGGCGCGGCGAAGAUGAAUAGCGACGUCUCGCUCGAUUACUUUGGCUUGCAAGGUUUUCAUAUCGCCGGCGGAUCGGGGAUAGCCAUCAUCGCGGCGUGCCAGGUUGUGUUGAUGGGCGGUCCAGAGUACGCGCGGUACGUCGGGAUCGACUCGCUCGAGCCGGUGGGCGUUUACCUCCCGGGCGACAAAGAUUAUCCUGGCGGCGCGCCGUUUGAUCCGUUCAAGAUUUCCGACGACGCCGACGAGUUCGAAAAACAAAAGGUCAUGGAGAUUAAGCACGGACGCUUAGCCAUGAUCGCCAUGCUCGGAGUCGCCGCGCAAGCAUUCGUCACGCGCGCGGGGCCGAUCGAAAACUUAGCGAGUGUGUUUAGCGGUUGA